AUGGCGACCACCGCUUUCGCCUCACAGCAUGUUGGCAAACUAGACGAGCUCUUUCAGGGACUGCGGAGCAGAAGUGCUGACACACAAACGCAGUCUGCCAUCGAGCUGCAGCGCUAUAUCUCCAACGCCGUUCCGGAGCUUUCGGCAGACGCCGUGUCAAAGCUAUGGGAAGAGAUCCUCAAGAAGGUUUCCGGCCUCGUCCACAGCCAAACAGCUACGGAGAAGCUGGGAGGCGUACUGGCAAUCGAUCACCUCCUCAGGGUGGAGGGAGAGAUUGACUCCAAAUCCAACCUCUUCCGACUGUACAACUACGUCAAGACCCUGCUCCCAGACCCGGAUAUCGACGUCAUGCUGGCGGCGUCCAAGACUCUCGGACAGGUCUCCGAGAUAGGCGGAACAAUAUUCGGUGACUACUUUAUGGACACCGAGGUGCAAGCAGCGGUCGAGUUGCUACAGGCCGACAAGCAGGAGCAUGGGAGAUAUGCCGGCGUGCUCAUCCUGAAGGAACUCGCGCGCAACUGCCCCGCGUACUUCCACGCCCAUGUCGGACUUGUCCUGAAGAGGAUUCUCGUUCCGUUACGGGACUCUCGGGUGAUAGUCCGCGAGAGCACCGCAGAACUCCUAGGUGCUUGUCUAGAAAUUGCAGCCCCGCGCGAACGCCAGACCAGAAGCUCCUUCUCGCUAAAGAUCCUUCAGGACGCACAGAUGGGGUUGAAGUUGGCGCAGCAUGAGAUCAUUCACGGCUCGCUGUUGACCUACCGAGAGCUUUUUUUGCAUGGUGGCAUGUUCAUGAAGAAGCAUUUUCUGGACGCUGCAGAGCAAAUCUUCUCGUUCAAGACACACAAAGAUGUACUCGUGCGGAAGACGGUUACCACUCUCAUUCCCACAUUGGCUGUUUACGACACCGCGUCGUUCUCCGAACACCUGCUGCACAAAGGCAUCGCUCACCUCCUUACGCAGCUCGAGAAACCUGCAGAACGCUCAGUUGCGUUCAUUGCCAUCGGACAUGUAGCAACCGCGGUGGGCAGCGAUAUGAAGCCGUUCCUAGAAACCAUCAUGACCCACGUCAAGCAGGGUCUCUCAAUGAAGGGGAAGAAGAACGCGCCGCCAGAAGAGCCGAUGUUCCAAUGCGUCGGCAUGCUUGCUGCGGCAGUCGGUCCUAGUCUUACCAAGCUGUUGCACGAUCAACUCGUUCAUAUGUUUUCCUAUGGGCUGAGCGAGUCCCUUCGCCAGGCGUUGGUGGCUAUCGCGACACACGUACCCCCGUUAUUGAAGAUCAUUCAAGAACGACUCUUGGAUAAGUUGUCGUACAUACUCAGCGGACAGCCAUACAGGCCACUUGGUGCACCGCCUUCUCUGCUAUGUGGCGACUUCAACACCGACAAGAACGACGGUCUCCCUACCGAGAUCGUGAACCUGCAGAAGACGCCGGAGACGCUCACCCUUGCUCUGACGACCCUCCACACGUUCGACUUCAGCGGCCAUGUCCUGAACGAGUUUGUGCACGAUUGUGCACUGCCAUACCUGGACUCGGACUUCCCCGACGUUCGCCGCGCUGCUGCAAUGACGUGCUGUCGUCUGUUCGUCCGCGACCCGAUAUGCUAUCAAGCCAGCAACCGUUCGAUCCAGAUCAUAAGCGACGCCAUUAACAAGCUCCUCAGUGUCGCUAUCGCAGAUCCAGAUGCGGAGAUCAGACAUACCGUGCUAUCGUCCUUGCACCAGCGCUUUGACAAGCAUCUCGCCCAGGCGGAGAACGUUCGCUCACUGUUCGUCGCUGUAAAUGACGAGGUCUUCGAGAAUCGCGUUGCGGCGGCCGCGUUGAUUGGGCGACUGGCCAUGCACAACCCUGCCUACGUCAUGCCUUCGUUGCGAAAGACUCUCAUCCAGCUAUUGACUGGGUUAGAGUACUCCUCCGUCACGCGCGACCGCGAGGAGUGCACGCGUCUACUGGCGGUGCUCAUCAACGCUACUCAGCGCCUAAUCAGGCCGUACUCGAUGUCUAUGCUCCGCGUACUGCUCCCGAAGGCGAACGACCCCAACCCGAUCGUCUCCGCCAAUAUCCUCAUGUGUCUCGGAGAGCUCGCCUGCGUCGGUGGGGAGGAUAUGAUGCCGCAUGUGUCGGACCUCAUGGAGGUCAUCAUCGCCAAGCUUGCAGACCCGUCUCUGCAGAAGCGCGAUGCCGCGCUGCACACGCUCGGUCAGCUCUGCUCGAGCACAGGAUACGUGAUCCAACCACUUGUUGAGAACCCACAACUGCUGCAGAUCUUGGGCCGGAUCCUGCGGUCGGAGUCACGCCAGGCAGUGCGGCGCGAGGUGGUCAAGGUGCUCGGUAUCCUCGGUGCACUUGACCCCUACCGCCGCAAGGUGAAGCCGGCCGAAGAUGUCGUGAUCGAGGUGUCCUUGAGCUUCGUGAACGCUCCAUCCCCGAACAUCACAGGCGCGUUGACGGCGACGAGCGACUACUACCAGACGGCUGCUAUCAACGCGCUGCUGAACGUCCUGCAGGACAAGUCUCUGAACAGCCACCACUACAAAGUUAUCGAGGCGAUCAUGUCCAUCUUCAAGACACAGGGCUUGAAGUGCGCGACGUUCCUCCCGCAGAUCAUUCCUGCGUUCACUACCGUCGUCCGCAAUUCUUCCACUCGCACUCAGGUCUACCAUCUAGAGCAGCUUGCGAUCUUAGUUGGGAUCAUUGAGCCAUACGUGCGGAAUCACGCUACAGAAAUCUUCAAGCUCGUGCAAGACUUGUGGGACAACGUUCCACUCCAGCGUCCUCUCAUGUCACUCGUUGAGGCGCUUGGCCAGGCACUGGACGCCGAGUUCAAGCCGUUCAUCCCCAUGAUCCUCCCGCCUAUUCUCAAGGUGUUUGAGUACGACAUGAACAACCGCACAAGCAGUUCACAGAUCAAGAUCUUCGAUGCUUUCCUCACGUUCGGCGCGAACAUCGAAGAAUACCUGCCGCUCGUCAUCCCGCUCAUCGUGAAGACGUACGAGCGGCAGGACGCGUCGACCGCGCUGCGGAAGAAGGCGAUCCAUACAAUCGAGGGCCUCACGAAGCGGGUGAACCUUUCGGACCGCGCCUCGCGGAUCACGCAGUCGCUCGUGCGCGUGCUGAACCAGCCUAACAAUGAGCUGAGAAUGGCGGCGCUGGACACGCUGUGUGCGCUCAUGAUGCAGCUUGGGUCGGAUUUUUGUAUCUUUCACCCCACGAUCCGUAAGACAAUCAUUCGACAUGGCAUCUCCCAUCCCCGGUAUGAGCGCCUCAUUGACAAGCUCUUGAAGGGAGAACGGCUGCCACAAGAAACCUCUUCGUUCGGCCUGUACGUCCCUAACAAAUCUAUUCACUCCAGCGCCAGCGGAAUCGGCAAAGCAACGGAACCCCAGGCUCUAGCGGAGGCAACAAAGUUGGCGGUCAACCAGCAACAUCUGAAGCAGGCUUGGAACGUCUCGGUGGUCAGCACGAAGGAAGACUGGAUAGAGUGGCUUCAGAAGCUGUCCGUCGAGUUCAUGCGGGAAUCUCCGUCGCACGCGCUGCGGGCAUGCAUGUCUCUCGUUGAUGUGCACACACCUCUUGCGAGGGAGCUGUUCAAUGUCGCGUUUUUGUCCUGCUGGGGAGAGCUGUACAAUCAGUACCAGGAUGAUCUGGUAAAGUCUAUCGAGUCCGCAAUUACCUCAAGUACCGCGCCAUCCGCGCUUGUGCAUCAGCUGCUGAACUUAGCGGAGUUCAUGGAGCGCCAGAAUGAGCCACUUCCUAUCGAGAACCAGACACUGGGCGAGUGCGCGAUGAAAUUCCACGCCUAUGCGAAGGCACUACACUACAAGGAACUCGAGUUUUUCAGCGGGUCGUCAUCCACCAUCAUCGACUCCCUCAUCACUAUCAACUCGAAUCUACAGCAACACGAUGCCGCGUGGGGGACACUGCGCAUUUCUCAGGACCACUACGAUGUCAGCAAGCACGAAGAGUGGUACGAGCGCCUCGGGCGUUGGCAAGAGGCGCUCGAAACGUACGAGAAGCGGGAGUUGGAGGACCCUGGGGCACCCGAUAUCGCCAUCGGCCGGAUGAAGUGCCUCCAUGCGCUCGGGGAGUGGGACCACCUUGCGAUGCAGGUCAAGGAGACGUGGUCAAACUCGAUCCCAGAGCACCGCAAGGAGAUCGCACCGAUGGCCUUUGCGGCCUCGUGGGCGCUCAACGACUGGGAGUCGACGGAGGACUACAUCGCGAUGAUGAAAUCUGACUCAGCCGACCGGCCGUUCUAUCGUGCUAUUCUGGCGGUACACCAGGAUCAGUUCUUUAAAGCAAUGACGCAGAUUGCAAAGGCCCGCGACUUGCUUGGUCCCGAGCUCACUUCACUGGUUGGUGAAAGUUACGGACGAUCAUACAACACCAUGGUCCGGGCACAGAUGCUCUCUGAGCUUGAGGAGGUUGUAAACUACAAGCAGCACAUGGAUCAGCCAGAACGCCGACGCUCUAUGAAGAAGACAUGGACGAAGAGGCUACAGGGAUGCCAGCCCGACGUCGAGGUCUGGCAGCGCAUUCUGCAAGUCCGCGCUUUGGUCCUCUCUCCCAAAGACGAUCCGGUCAUGUGGAUUAAGUUCGCGAACCUUUGCCGCAAGUCCGAUCGCAUUAUCCUGGCCGAGAAGACCAUCAACUCGCUCCUUUGGCCAGAAACAACGCCAAAUACCCGUGCUCAGGAUUACACCAACGCGCCGCCAAUGGUCGUUUACGCCCACAUCAAAUGCAACUGGGCAAAGGGACGGAAAGAAGAGGCUCUGAACUCUCUCCACGAAUUGGCCGCCAAACUCUCCCGAGAUAUCCAGUCUGACGCCACGAUUCGGGCCGCUAGUGAUCCCGAAGGACACAGAAGGCUAGAGGAAUUCUCCCGUCUCCUUGCCCACUGCUACGUGAAGCUGGGAAAGUGGCAGUUCGCACUUGGAGGGCAUUGGGAUUCGCAGAACACCGUGGACAUUCUUCAGUCGUAUUCUCGCGCGACACACUACGACCCCGGUUGGUACAAGGCGUGGCACACGUGGGCGAUGGCAAAUUUCGAUGUGGUGGGAUUCCUAGAAAGCCAACGGCGCAAUAGAGCAGGCGACGCCCCAAGCCAAGACCCUACCACUCACAUAAUAUCGUCGGUCAAUGGCUUCUUCCGCGCGAUCUCGCUGGGGAAAGUGAACGCGUUGCAAGACACCCUGCGAUUAUUGACGCUCUGGUUCAAGUAUGGCGCUCAUGACAACGUCAGUCACGCUAUGAGCAGUGGGUUUGCUGAUGUCGAAGUCGACACAUGGCUAGAGGUCAUCCCUCAGAUCAUCGCCCGUAUCCAGACGCCGAGCGACAACAUCCGGAGGAACAUCAAUAACCUCCUCAUCGACGUCGGAAAGCACCAUCCUCAGGCCCUGGUGUAUCCCCUCACGGUCGCUGCAAAGUCAUCGAGCACUUUGCGGAAGGCGGCUGCUCUCAGCAUCAUGAACUGCAUGCGGGAACAUAGUUCAGCAAUUGUUGAGCAGGCGUUUCUGGUCGGUCAUGAGCUGACCCGGGUAGCUAUCCUCUGGCACGAGUUGUGGCACGAAGGUCUCGAGGAGGCAUCACGCCUCUACUUCACUGACCGUAACGUGAUGGGCAUGAUCCACUGCUUGAAGCCGUUGCACGACUUGCUGGAGGCUGGGCCGAAAACGACGCGCGAGAUAUCCUUUGCACAGGCGUUCGGGAGAGACCUCAAUGCGGCCCGUGAAGCAUGUACGCAGUACGCAAUCCACAUGGAGGAGCGAUAUAUCGAGAUCGCUUGGGAGAUAUAUUACGAGGUUUUCAAGAAGAUCGAGAAGCAGCUGCCUCAGCUUACGAUGCUUGACCUGCAAUAUGUUUCACCCGAGUUGCUCAAAGCGAAGAACCUCGAUCUCGCUGUUCCAGGCACGUACCAGAGCGGAAAGCCCGUCGUCAAGAUCUGCAACUUUUGUCCCAAAUUGACCGUCAUCUCAUCCAAGCAACGCCCUCGGAAGCUAUCAAUCAUAGGCAGCGAUGGCAACGAGCACCAGUUCGCAUUGAAGGGCCACGAAGACAUGCGACAAGACGAGCGUGUCAUGCAGCUGUUCGGUUUGGUCAACAGACUGCUGGUGAUCGAUACAGACUGCUUCAAGCGGCGCCUGCAAAUCCACCACCUCCCUGUCAUCCCUAUCGCCCCCAACGCCGGUCUGCAAGGAUGGGUCAAGGACAGCGACACACUCCACGUGCUCAUUCGGGAUUACCGGAAGUCAAGAAAGGUUCUUCUAGAUAUCGAGUACCGCUUAAUGCUACAGAUGGCGCCGGACUACGAGAACUUGACGUUUCUCCAGAAAGUCGAAGUGUUCGAGUACGCGCUCGAAAACACGACCGGGCAGGAUCUAUACCGCAUUCUGUGGCUCAAGAGUGUCAACUCAGAGCACUGGCUUGAGCGGCGCGCGACGUACACGCGCUCGCUCGCCGUGAGCAGCAUGGUCGGGCACAUCCUCGGGCUCGGCGACCGGCACCCGUCGAACAUUAUGCUCGAGCAGCACACGGCCAAGGUCGUACACAUUGACUUCGGCGACUGCUUCGAGGUCGCCAUGCACCGCGAGAGGUUUCCCGAGAAGAUCCCGUUCCGGUUGACGAGGAUGCUCACGCACGCGAUGGAAGUGAGCGGGAUCGAGGGCAGCUUCAGGAUAACGUGCGAGAUCAGCAUGAAGGUGCUUCGGGACAACAAGGAGUCGCUCAUGGCCGUGCUGGAGGCUUUUGUGUAUGACCCCUUGAUCAACUGGCGGUUGAUGCAGCCGGACGUGGAGGCGCGGCGUGACGAAGACGCCGUUGCACAUCCCACGGCACCGAUCCGCAGGCUAGAGGUCGACGAGAACAGCAUCUUGAACGAAGCGCAAGAAGUGCAAAACGAACGUGCUGUAGUCGUGUAUAGACGCGUACAGGAUAAGCUCAACGGCCGUGAUUUCGAUCCCGACGAAGUGUUAACGGUCCCCGCGCAGGUGGAAAAGCUGAUCUUGCAGGCUACGUCGAUAGAGAACUUGAGCCAGUGCUUCUCCGGAUGGUGCGCGUUCUGGUGA